UUUUCUCAUUCUCUGCAAGUGAUCUAAUGUUCUGACUUGUAUAAAAGGCGACAUCCUCUUUUUAGAGGGAUGAAGUGGCAGAGAGAGUCUUGGUUCUCUCAAGGAACACUUCGAUAGUACUGAAUUGUGUGGUUGGAGUUGUCUGCUGUCACUGUUUUGGGAACAUAGUCUCUAGAAAAGUCUGGGACUUUGGAUGCUUGCCUGCCUCAGCAUUUUUGUGCUGGCCUCCCUGUGAGGCUUUUAGAUUUUCCUUUGUGAUUUGCCUGUUUCGCGACUGAAUUCUGUUCUGGGGUUGGAGGUUCCUGCGUUCUUUGUCUAUGUAACACAGGCUUAUUUCAUAUCGCCCCGUUCCAUCAGAUAAAAUCGGAACCGAGCCUUUAAUUUUUAUUUCGCUUAAGCUAGGGGGAGAGGACUUGAUUUAUAGCAAAGCAAGUGGCAACAUGAGUACUUAAUUAGCAGCUGUCUGUAUGUUUUCAUUAAGCCUGUGGUCCCCAUAAUCAACAAAAAGCAGUAAGUGGUUUGUAACUUCAAUAUAGGCAGUAGCUAAAACACUCGCCAGGAACAGGGGUUAUUCUGGAGGCACUGGUCCUUGUUGACAGCCAAGGUAGGUGCUUAAAACUUGAUACUUUAGGUACUCUGUAAGCAACUGAUUCCUUACCAGUGUGACUAUUCAUUCAUUAUUUCUAUACACAGAUUUGUGAUGAUUUCUAAACCUACAAUGAAGUGAGCAAUUCACUAGCUAGUUAUGUAGUGUCUUCCAAAGCAUCUUCACUAAUCUCUUGUGUUUCUCAGCAGUUUCUAGUGCCAAUAGUGCCAAUAUCUUUUAAAGCCCUUAUUGUUGUCUUCAAUUUUGAAUCUAAUCUUGGAAAGCCUUUUGCUGUUAGGAAGGUUCACGAGACCUCUCUCAAAACGUGGGGGGUAAGAUCUCUCAGGUUCUCAGGAAUCCCUUCCCAGGCCAGUUUUCAGCUUUCUUGCCUUCUCAGUCAAUUCUGUGAAAGCAUCUCUUUUAGGCAGAAGGUGGUAUUAGCAGCAUUUCUAUAGGGACUAAAGUCUACAGCUAUGACUUACUACCAAAGUUAGGGAAGCUUCUCUUCAGUAAAGACCGAUAGCGCAAAAUUUAACAGAUACACCUCCCAUACACUUACAGAAGACUAUGAGACCUAACACUGGAAAAAUCCACACUGCAUGUUGUAUUUGCAAAGUGCACAGUACAGACACACUGGUGCUCCCUGUUCCAGUUAGGAGAAAUCUAAAAGAUGGGCCAACCAGUGCAAGUGGACUCGAGGCGUCUGGCACUAAGUAGUGAUGUUGUGGGACAGCAUUCUAACAUUGAAUCAAAUAGCUGUCAAAGCACAGAAAAAUAAUGCUAACAAUCAAAAGUUUAUAUGAUCUUAAACUCCUCUUGUAGCAUACUUUUCUGUGAUGCCUACUGUGCUGUUACUGAACUCGUGUUUUAGGAUCAGCACAUAAACAGGACCAAUAUAUUACUUUAACCUGUUCAAUAGUUUUUGCAAGCUGCUGAAAACCUAUCGCAUCUAUAUCUGAUUGAUGCAGUAUUUCUUGGCCUCUUUUGUGGCGCAUACUUGUGUAAAAUACAGCUCGGCUGUGGGGCUGAAGCAUAUUGAGAAGAUCUUCCAGUUUCUGAUGUUAGCUUUCUGUUGUAAGCAGUGGAUGCAAAGGUCAGCAAGACCAAAACUUUCAUCCAGAGUUUUGAUGCCCUCUAUCUCUAGCCACCAUCUAUUUCUAGAGAUGCCUGAAAUGGCAAAGCACCUUCUCCCCUCCCUUAGGAUUUUCUGGCUCCUGCUCCUGAGAUCCACCAUGUUCUGAGCAGUGGUGGGCAAGUCACUUAUGUCAGUCAGGCUGUAGUUUAGGAGCCAGGGAUUUUCUUUCAGGGACUUGCUCUUGGAGCAGUAUUUACCUCAGUUUUCUAGAAAUAACACUGUAUUUUAAUUUCUUCCUUUUAAAAUUGGCUGCAAAACAGUGAGGGCUCUUGUGGUCUUGUUCUGGGUCAUGGGGUUGCCACUACCGCUCAGCAGUCAGUGUGCUCAUCCAAAGACUUCUCUCCUUCUAAAAAAGAAGCUAGAUUAGGCCUGUUGGCAGGACUUUUCAAAUACCAACAAAGUGAGCAGGUACUUGGUUUUACAGAAGGCCAGCCAAAGGUUGCAGGUUAGAACCAUCCCUGCUUGCCCAUGUUGUCUCCAGGAUGGGAAAAUGGUGUAAAAGUACCAUUGAGCAGAGUGGGACAGCACUUGUGGGAUGAUACAAUUGCACGAUGAGGUGGUAGUGGCGUAGGUCAUGCUUCAUUCUGGUGGAACUAGCCUGCCUGCGCAGCUACGGCUGACCUGCAGUGAGCCCACAGCACCAGCUAGUUGUCAACUCUUUUGCACAAACACAGCUUUUUCUAAAAAGCAGAAGGAUGGGGAAUAGGGGAUGCUGUCAGCUGUUCUACCCUUUGAAUGCCUCAGAGGCAGCAAACUGAACCAGGGAAGUCCUUGAGCGUAACGAAGUCAGACUGACCUUGCCAGGCCCAUUUUGAAGUAAGGCUCUGAGGUAGGAGCAGUGAUACAUUAUGCAUAACUUAAUGCUGGAUUUUUAGUUUUUAAAUUUUGCCAGAUAUCAAGUUUUAUUUAAUUUUAUGCAUUCAGCUUCAGAAUAAUGCAUGCUCAAAUUUAGCAUUCUCUGCUUAAAUUGGGAUUACCUAUCCGAUGUCUAUGAUCUCAGUUCUGUUAGCCAUUUGGGCAAGUACAAUACAGUUUUUCAAAUCAAGGUCAGAGUUGGUCAGAUGUAAAAAGUUGAUUCUUCCCAGAAAUUCUUGCAACUUUUGCAUAGUUCUGAAAGUGCCCAGUGACUAUAAAAAUAAAUUUUAAUUUAAGAAAAAUGGUUUCUAUGUAUUUGUAGUAUAUCAGAGUGGUUUUGUUGUCAUUUGGAAUUCAUGCUUCUGAGUGAUACUCCAUUUCAAAAAGAAAUUUAAAGUUUCUUCUUUAAUCACUAAUAAUCCAGGAUUACAGAAUGUCCUUUUUUUUUUUUAUGAUAACAGCUCUGCUUUAAUUAGAAAGGCUCAGAUACAGAUUAAGGCAUUAGGUAAAAUAGAAUCCUCCCUUCUCUCAGUGAAAUUAUGAGACUGCUGGGAGAACCAUUUAGAUAAUCAAAAAUACAGAAUCUUUCAUUAAGGCAUGUGCAGUCAGUCAUAAUAAGAUAAAUGCUCAAAACCCAAAAUCAUGAACUUUUAAGACCUAGCAAAUUAUUUCCCCAAAUAGUCUAUGAUCUGGGUAGCAGAUCCUGCAAAUCUUCACCUGAGUAAACCUAGUGAGGCUAAAGAUGUGAAUAAAAGUUUGAAAGAUGAGGACCCGCACAAGCAAUUCACAAACAAAAGAUAUUGAGGCUGUAUUGUAGCAUACAGAAUCAGUCAGAUUCAUUUCUCCUUUGUUGACAGUUAAGAUUAAAACCACUACGUAUUCAAUGCAGCACCAGUCAAAGCGGUGAUCUAGAUGGAGACAGCCUGGGGAAGAGCUGAAAUAAACCCUUAGGAAUGAAAAGUAGGAAGAUGUGAUUUGCUUUUUUUGUGAUUACUUUCUUGAAAAAAAAGUAGUGAUAGUCACAAUGCCUCAUUCAUCUGUGAGGCAAACCAACCAUAUGAAAAGUGGAUGGAGAGAAAUCAUUCAAUGUACUUUCUGUUCAAUGUGAUAAUGGACAACAAGGAUGGGGGGGGCGGGGUUGCUUAAUGAAGAAUUCCAAUUUUCAAAUCUCAUUUGAUUGUGUAAAUCCAAAAAGAUUUUCUGCUUAGUAGCCCAAAUUUUACAAAUUUACUGUGGCCAUCAUUUAGUCAAGCAGGUUUUUCAUUCAGGUCUGUUGUGUUCCAGGGCAUGUUUUCAUCUCUGUGAAAGUGGGUUUCAAGACUGAAGAAGUCAAAAAGCUAUUGCACACUGUAAUUGAUUUGUGUGUGUGUACUAUUAGCUUAAGGUAUUAAUACAAACAGUAGGUAGCUGCAUCUGAUGAUUUUUUUUUUUUUGAGUAAUCUGAACCAUCUGCCUCUAGAUAUUAAGGAGUUCACUCUUUAAUCCAGAUUAAGGCUGACAAACUGGUUUUGGCAUUCACGUUUCACUAGCACUGUGCCCUUGAAGAGCUGAUGUGACUGUAGAAACUCUCUUGCUUACAACUGUUGGUUUUGAAAACAUUUUUGGUUUGGUUUGGCUUUCUUGUAGUUGCUUGUUUAUAGCUCUUUUUUUCUUGAGAAGAUGGCUUUUCUAAUGAAAAGUAUGUUGAGCAACCAGGUAAAGAAUCUGGGAUUUGGAGGUGGAGGGGAAGAAAACAAAGAAGAAAACACUCCUUCUGAUCCAGCAACAGCUGCAGGAAUGACCAGAGAGGAGUAUGAGGAAUAUCAAAAGCAAGUGGUUGAGGAGAAGAUGGAAAGAGAUGCAGCAUUUGCACAUAAAAAAGCAGAGCGAGCCUGUCUGAGGGUUCAUCUGAGAGAAAAGUACAGACUCCCUAAGAGUGAAUUGGAUGAGAAUCAAAUACAGAUGGCUGGAGAUGAUGUGGAUGUGCCAGAAGACCUUCAGAAAAUGGUGGAAGAAGACCAGGAGGAGGAAGAGGACAAGGACUCUAUCCUGGGACAGCUGCAGAACAUCCAGAAUAUGGACAUGGAUGCGAUCAAAGAAAAGGCACAAGCCACCUUCACCGAAAUCAAACAGGCAGCUGAGCAGAAAUGUUCUGUGAUGUAGAAGAGACACCACUAUCCAAGGAUUGUGAAUUCAGCCUUGCCUCACAGGGGCUGCAGAGUCAGGGCAGGCAGAGGAAUGCGCUUAGCUCUAUAGCAUUAAUGUAAAUAUAGAAAAGCAAAAGAGAGAGAGAGACUUGAAAACCCCAAGGAGUGGUCAAAAUUUACGUGUUGUGACAGCUUGGUGCAAAGUUAGAACUGAUUCUCAUUUUUUAACAGAACAUCUUUCCCCGUGGAAAACAAUGGCUUUAAAAAAAAGCUAAUCUUGGAGAAAAAAAUGUGCCUUUUUCCAUUUUUUCAAAGUGAUCAAAAUGCUAUUAAGUAUGUAUUUUUUUAGCAAAAUUGUGCUUCUGAUGCAUAACAUACAGGUAACCACUCAUUUAAAACUUUCAGGAAUAAAUACAUAUAUUUCUAAUAAAAACAUGUCUGUUUCAAACAUUUUGAAAUACACCCAGUAUUCAAAUGUUGACGUUUCCUGCAAAAACUUUUUAAAAAAAUGGUUUUGACCAUUUCUGUACUAAAUGUAGCAAAAGGCAAAAAGUGAAGCAUAUAACUACAGCUUGGGGCAAAACUCUCAUAUAUAACUGAGUGGGGACUUUCAGGAAACCAAGGCUUGGUGGCUAUCAGCGAACCAUGGUCAGGCAACAACACAGACUUCUCCAGGCUGCUUUAAUUUCACAGCUUCUUGGUCUUCACAUGCAGUUCAAAUGUCAAGUGACAGCACUGACCCUCUGCUUGGCUGCUACGUGUGCCAAAUUCUGAGGCUUUGGGGUAUGAGCAAAUAACUUGCAUAGGCUCAAAUGAGCUCACCACAUUUAUUCUAGGAGUUAUCACCUUAUGAGGCUAUACAUAAAUCUGGCCCACCUGGAAGAUUAUGCCAGGGCAAGGCACCUAAACCCUGAGAAAAAGCAUGGCUUUCACUAGUGCUAAAUCUGACCGAGUCAGUGGGACAGGCAGGCUCCGGUACAACGGCUUUAGAUUCAGGACCAAGCAAGUUUUUCUUUGCUGUUGUUCAGUUCUGUUCUGGGGAAAACCUAAGCAGGUGGUGACCUGAUUGCCUCCCACCCCCAGCAAGCAGAGCCGACGUUGGCUAAGAGCUGGAGGACCUUCCUACAGGUUUAUAAGUCUCUUUCUCUCUCUCUUUCUCUGACUCCACCCAAUCAAGUAAAAAUAUUCAUUUAAAAUGAAUAAAUGCACUAAGAAUG